UGCAUGAUUAUCAUUGUGAGUUGGCCAGAGAGGGGAGUCGAGAGCUCGGUGAUCACUCGAUGCUGUUCAAUUUUUCAAGAUGUCGUCGCUGGAACAGAGGCUCUCGAGAAUCGAGGAGAAACUAAAACAAGAGAAUAAUGAUGCUCGCCGGAGGAUCGACCUUAAUAUAGACAUGAGUCCACAGCGAUCACGUCCAAGACCAAUCAUCGUGAUCCAGCUCUCUCCUGCUCCAGCCCCCUCCCAGCGUGCAGCGCUCCAGCUGCCCCUGACCAACGACGGGGGGAGCAGGUCGUCGUCCUCAGAGAGCUCGCCCCAGCACCACCCCAGUCGCCCCCGCAACAUGCUCAACCUGCCCACGCCCCAGUACGUCCUGCAGAAGAGCCUGGAAAAUGCGGAGAUUGACCAGAAGCUUCAGGAGAUCAUGAAACAGACGGGCUAUCUAAAGAUCGACGGUCAGCGCUAUCCAGCUGAGGUAUCAGACCUGAUCAGCGAGGGCGAGAUUGGCAGUGGAACUUGUGGUCAGGUCUUUAAGAUCAGAUUCAAGAAAACGGGCCACGUCAUCGCAGUCAAGCAAAUGCGUCGCACUGGAAACAAGGAUGAGAACAAGAGGAUCCUGAUGGACCUGGAUGUAGUGCUGAAGAGUCACGACUGUCCGUACAUCAUUCAGUGCUAUGGCGCCAUAGUUACCAACACGGAUGUGUUCAUCGCCAUGGAGUUGAUGGGGACGUGUGCUGAGAAGCUGAAAAAGAGGAUCCAGGGGCCGAUGCCGGAGCGCAUUCUGGGAAAAAUGACUGUGGCGAUCGUGAAGGCGCUGCUGUACCUGAAGGAGAAGCACGGCGUGAUCCACCGGGACGUGAAGCCCUCCAACAUCCUGCUGGACGACAAGGGCCAGAUCAAACUGUGUGACUUUGGCAUCAGCGGGCGGCUGGUCGACUCCAAGGCCAAGACACGCAGCGCCGGCUGUGCUGCGUACAUGGCACCUGAGAGAAUAGACCCUCCCGACCCCAGCAAGCCAGACUACGACAUCCGGGCCGAUGUGUGGAGCUUGGGCAUCUCUCUGGUGGAGCUAGCCACAGGACAGUUCCCUUACAAGAACUGCAAGACGGACUUUGAGGUCCUCACCAAAGUGCUCCAGGAAGACCCUCCAGUGCUGCCUCACGGCAUGGACUUCUCCAACGACUUCCAGUCCUUCGUCAAAGACUGCCUCACAAAGGAUCACAGAAAACGGCCCAAAUACAACAAACUGCUGGAGCAUAACUUCAUCCGGCACUACGAGGUCCUGGAGGUGGACGUGGCCGGCUGGUUCCAGGCGGUCAUGGAUUGCACCGAGUCCCCCCGCAGCAGCCAGUGUUACAGCCACCAGCACCAGCUGACCUCGGUCUUCAGCAGGUAGCCUGGUCGGGCCUGGCCCUGGACAAGCUCAACAUCGGCCUCAGCCCAACGCUACCCGGGUUAGCUUCGGCAGGGCUAGCUAAGGCCAGGCCAGCUUAGGCAGGCCUUGCGUUGGCUUUGAGUGUUUAGUGCUAGCCUAGCCCAGUCUAGGCUUCGUCUUGGCCUACACUAGCCUAGACCGGUGUUAGCCAAGCCUAUCAUGAGCUUAGCCUAUCUUUUGGACCCUGGGGAGGGGUGGGGGGGGGGGGGGGAGCCCUGCGGUCCGGGUUGUGUUUGAGGAAAGAGGAGAGACUGAUGGAGACUGGAGAGUUGAGGCCUCCGGAUCAAUACAUGGACGGACAGAUCGGGUGGACGGACGGACAGGUGCAGUAGUAGAUCCCUUAAGGGUAUUUUAGGGUUUCAUUGGAGGUUUUGAUUGGUUCAACUGGACAGGCAGACCUGGUAGGGGUGGAGGGGUCCUUUAGCUAGAUUAGACUGGUGUGUCAUCACACCUUUCUAACAGAAAAUGUACAGCACACUCACACUAAUCCGUAUAACUCACUGCACUGUUUUGUUUCUACACGUAAAUGCUCUCUCACCGCGUGCAGACACGUACUCGUCUAUGUACUAGGGAUGUGCAUUUCUGGCAAAAAUACUAUUUUGAUAUUCGCUGAGAAGCAUUUGAAAAACGGUCGAUCAAGAACCCCCCACGCACGCACGCACACACCCCGUAUACACGCACACACAAUGACACAGGGGGAGGCUUCUAUGAUUUGUAUGAAAUCAAUCUGUUUAUUUCAACAACUGCGCCAUCAACAUUCAACAUUCAUCAAAAUUAUUUCAACGUGGGCUUAGGCAGAUAGGCCUACUUGCGCCGAAAACACAUCGCUAUUUAUUUUACUGAACACAGCCUGCAUGACGGUGACCUAGACACGUCUUUAGCAUAUGGAAACUAUGGCCGAAAAAAUGACUUCACAUGGUGUCUUUUUACAUUUUUUUUCUUUUUACAUUUUUUUUUUUUUACUUUUUACCAGCAUUCGUAGUGUUGAUCAGCAGAGAAAUAGUCUGCCAAAGACGUUCACGUCACUUAGCAACCGAGGACGCUGGGGUCGUAUCACUCCAGACUACUUCUGGAGUGAUACGAUACAACUUUCCUUGACAGCGGUCAUUAUAUGCUUAGCAACAGUGAAUUAUCAAAAAGAUAUUCACCGCCGGAAGUUGUGAAGGCCCAUUCAAGUGAACAGCACUGAGAAGAGCCGUGUAAUAAAUAACCAAAGUCACAUUCAUUAUUCGAUAUUCUACGUGACUCCGACUAUUCGACGAUCGUUGCCCAUCCCUAGUAUGUACUACACCCUUUGAUCCAUUGCAUUGAAGAAUCGGAUCGCAUCGGUCAACAGCGUAGUCAGCAGACACUGGAACGGAGCCUCAGUGUAGAGUAGAGUGGAGAGGAACCUUUCCCCCCCACUGUGAUGGAGGACACACACGACCAGGAUAAGGGGUUACUAUGAGUCCUAUCGUGUGUGUGUGUGUGUGUGUGUGUGUUAUUCAAAGGCAGAUUAUGUAUUUUAUCCAUCUUUUAUUUUACUCACUAUAACUAACUCACGAGAUCAACCAAUUACUUUUUUGUAGCCAAUAUUAACCUUGCACUUAAUAAUUAAACUGAAUUUCUGACAAAUAUUAACAUCCAUUAAUUUGUUACACGAUUUAAGAAAUUAUGGAAAAUACAAAAAAAAUUGCAUUGCUUUGUAGUAGGUACAGUUGUGUAUGGGUUUCUUAUGGGUCAUUUUAUAAGUAUUAUUAUUAUUAUUAUUAUUAUUUAAAGCGACACAGAACUUAAAGAGGUGGGAGCGUUGGAGGUGUGGUGUAGAAGAAGAAGAAGAGAGGAUAAUGUUUAGCUAGCCCACCGUCCGGUUGGGCUAGUGCCAAGCUAAGCUAUAAGCUCCAAAUCUAUGGAGCACACAGUCCAGUAUUGACAGCUCAGUGGCAGUUAAGCUGUGGUGGGUCAUUGCAAAAUAAAAGCCCCCGUGAACAACACCAGGCAUAAUGCUGAUAUGAAGGAAUUAAACGUUAAGUGUAGGUCACCUUGGCUGGAAGCCUCAUCCCCGUGACCCAGUGAUUGGCAGUGGUGUUCAGAGGACGUUAAGGCUCCUCUACCGAGAGUGGUAACAUCUGAGGUUAUAGUGUGUUCGGAUAACCAAUGGGACAUGGCUACACCCAUGUUUUGGGUGUACUGUUGGGGUGGAACCUCUGGCCAUCCUACAGCUUGACCACAGUGAGGUUCAGCCCCUGGUCGGUUCUCUGAGCUCUCUGGUGUUACACCAAUGGAGUCCAUGGAGCUACUAACCUCCGGCACAGUCACUGCCAAAGUUGACCAGGGAGGACUCGGGAACCGGAAACCAAAUCACCACUAGACACAGAGAGGGCGGGAGAGCCCAUGGAACAGGAAAGAACCAGUAAGAGGAUUCGGGGGGAGGGAGAGCAUAGCAUGUUGACCAGUGGUAGAGAUGCGUCUAGCUUUGAGGAAACUAACGUUGUAGAAGGGAAGGAGCAGUGUGAGGUCAGAGCAGAUGAUGCACCAGUCAAUAGGCUUAUGCACAGGAGCAACGGGAUCCUUUUUAUACUAGAACUGGCUUUGGGUCCGUAACCGGAUGGACAUACCUCUGAUAUUAUUCUAGGUGGUAGGCUUCCUUUUCGUAGAGCCUGACCUGUUUGAUGGGGCUCUUUGUGUUGAGGGGUAUUUUCUUCUGCCCCUUGGCUGACUGGUUCUGGUUUAUCAGGCUGCUGUAGCAUAGCGUUAUCCCAACUGGUGCAUCGGUGGACUGGAGGGAAUUAGAGAAGUUAAGGAAAGUAACAGAACGUCAGUGAAGGGUUUGGGACGGAGUGGCAGGGACAGGAUGUUGGACAGCAAGUGGUGGGGGAACGGAGAUAGGAAGUGGAAACGUGAUGGAUUCUGUGUUGCAGGAUACUUAAAAAAAAAAAAAAAUAGCUUUCAUGGUGUUACACCGACCUGAAGUGUAUGGCUUUAGGGAGUGAGAAUCAGUGUCUGUUUCAAUGUUUGAUCAUGUUUACUUUUCUUUUGAGAAAGAUAUUAUUUAUUUGCGUUGCUAGUGUACUGCUGCUACUUUGAAUUGCUUUAGACUGCCGUCAUCUUUUUCCCAAAAGGACAAAUACCUUUUUUUUUUUAUUUUCAAGCCAAAUAUGUCAAACCUAAUGCAAUGUAAACACAUGUUACCAAAUACUGAGAAGCAUCCGAGCGGGAGAGGAGGUUGACUAAAUGUUUUCGAUGAAUUCAGAGAAAGGGAAGCGCAAGGAGGUGUAUCGGGAGAAACCCGAUAUUUGUCGACGCAGAGCCACUAACACACUGCGAACACGCACACAAGCGUGCGUCACCAUAGAUACAGAAGACCAUGUAUAUCCACCCCACUAGCAUCACAGAGAGGUCAUGUCCAACCCAAACGGACACAUUUUAUUUUUUGGGGUUCCGUUUCCUCUGAGGUGGUUCUCGUUCAUGUAAUGGGUUAUCUCAAGUGUACAGUCCUCAAUCCGUGCGCCUGUCUGUCCGUCAGUCCACCCAUGUCUGUCUGUCUGCGGGGGCCGCCCCAGCGAACUGUAUCACAAGGUCUGUCUACACCAAAGGUGUCCUCUGCUAGAAAAAAAAAAAGAAACGAUACGAAAGAGCUGUGGUUUAUUGUUAUGAUGAGCAUUGUUGUUGACGUUAUAUUUGAUCACUAUGACUACACAUAAUAUAUAUAUCUAUGUAAAAUCUCUCUAUAGCUAUGUGUGUCAUCUACAGCAAGAGACUGGGGGCCCCCUUCAACAUCCAACACACCCGAUCCAAAGUGUAUCGAACCUAGAUUCGAACCGUGGUUAUGUUCCACCGCUUCCCGUGUGGUCUCAGACAUCCUCGCUAUGAGAGGUUUAACUGGGAGGGUCUGGCUGUUGUGCUCGGCCUUCCAUCCCCUGUAGAGACGGUGAAGAAGUUCCUCCGUUUCCAGCCCGUUAAAAGCUGUAUCCCUCCUGAACUAAAAGAGCCGCACCCAAACAAACCACAGGCUGCACAGAUCCAGGUUAUGACGUCGUUGCCAUAGUGUGUAUGGAAAGUGACGCAGCAUAACCUGGAGAUCCUGAACGCCCUUGCCCAGAGUGAGCAGGUGCAAUAGCCAGUGUUUGACUGUAGGGGGGCGCUGUCUCUGCAAUUCUGUGUUUUAUUUUCCUGCACCACUUUAACAGAGUGAGACCUAUCCGUACUAUACUGUCAGUCAUCCAGGUCAGAGCAUCACAUGGACCCAGUCUCUCCCAGUCUAUAUUCAAUGUUGUUCCGUUGAAGUAUCCCUCGACACAUACACUCUCUCUAACCCACACACAUGCAGACACACUCUAAGACACUAACAAGCUACUAUCUGGGAAUCUUGCAAAGGUAUCCCCUGUACUGUUGGUGUGUGUGAGUUUAUGUAAAAAAAAGACUGAUUUACUAACCGGAAAAACAACACGCAUGCACCAAAUGUAUAUAGUUAUUACUUUCCCAUAGGACCCUGCGAGGGUGGGUGUGUGUGUGUGUGUGUGUGUGUGUGUGUGUGUGUGUGUGUGUGUGUGUGUGUGUGUGUGUGUGUGUGUGUGUGUGUGUGUGUGUGUGUGUGUGUGUGUGUGUGUGUGUGUGUGUGUGUGUCCAUUGCAGGGCCCGCGGUGUACAAAAAAAAAAAAAAAAGACGGCAAGAAACAGUGUAUGUGUUUGCGUGUCUCUCUCCAUCUGUAAAGUAAACCAAAAAACAUUUUCACUAUGCAGUCAUUCAAAGCACGUCGCGACGCCGCGUCCCGUGUAAAUAAGCUACAUGUAUGGAGAUACUAGGGGCCGUACAGGACGGUGGAUGAGAGUUCCCUUGGGGGAUCCCUCCUCCCUGCAUGUCUGCGCGUGUCCGUGUGUGAUGAGCGACGGCGAAGAGGGCCAACGAGAGCGUUAAGAGUAGACGGACACGCAGCAAGAGGGUUUUGAGGGGGCGGAGCAAUGUGAGGAAUGUAUUAUGGAGCGGGGAUGGACCCGGGUGGGCGGGGUUCUGGACCCGGGUGGGCGGGGUUCUGGACAUGGGGACAGCAGGGGAGCGCUUUCAAGUAUCAAUUGCAUGUUAUUGUUAAUGCUGUAACUGCCAUUGGUUUUAAGUUAAGGGCUGGGGAUGCAAACAAAAAGUGUAUUUUUAUUUAUUUGGAAGCAUAUACCGUACCUGUUUUGUGUGUAUUUUAGUUUUUUGGAAUUGUCAAUUGUUUGUGUACUUGGAAAAAGACACACUUUUGCCUUUUUAUUUUAUUUUGUAUUUUGGUGAUGUUUGUUUAGUGUUGGAGCACCCGUGGUUCGUGGAGUUGGAGAGUGUUGCUGAGGGAGAGCUGUCCCUCAGCAGAACCUGUCUUGAUAUCUAGUCUCUCCCCCCCCCCCCCCCCCCCCCCCCACAAACCAAUUGUGUCUCUCUCUCCUUUUCCCCGUGUAUGUUCAACCACAUAUGUGAGGGAGGAUGUUUUCUUUUGCCAGAUUUUUAUUUUUAUUCCUGUCUACCAAAAGUCUUUAUAAAUGAUUGUUAUGAUAUUAUUUUGCUCUUAUUUUGUUAUAUAUUGUUGCUAUUGUUGUCAAUGUUUAUUCAUUUAUUAUUAUAUUAUUAUUAAUAAUAAUGAUAUAAAUUUUUUUUAUAUUCAGGGAAAUUUAUUUGACACCAAAUUGAACAGAGUAAUCAGCAGAUCCCUGGUCCCGUUUGGACCCGCUAAACAGCGGGUUUAGGUGGCCAGCUCGGUCCCUUUCUCAUUUCCAAAGGUGUGUCUUUUUCAAGCCAGGGAGGACGACUCUAGCGCUCCCCCUGGUGGCUUUUUUUUAAACGAUGAUCCCCAAUCUUUUACCCCAAACGUGUAACGUCAGCUAUUAUGUUUUUCCGCCUCUGGUCAAAUGAAGUGUACAACGCCACCAAUUGCUGUUUUCGAUCCUGUUCUGGAGAUGCAGAUGGUUAUGCUGUUUUUAUUUCCCGCUCUCAUUCAGUUGAUAGCGGUUUACUGUUCUUCCUCCCUUGUAAAGGCUCGGUGUGGUGAUUCUGGCUUCUCUCAUGCUGUGGUAAACAAAGGUUUUUGUUUUAAGGCAGAACUUUAAUGAAACAUGUUGCACUUGUGAUUGUUAUUGUUAGGUUGGUUUGGCUUGAUUUAAAAGUUUCGAGAGAUUAAAUGCAGAACUGAGAAUUGCUGGGUUGGCAUAAGAGUUUUUUGUUUUAUUUUCCAGUCUGUUUUUAAUCAAUCAUCGACCUGCGACUAAAGGGGCAGAUUAUGAUUCAAUAAUGUAUUUCCGUUAUUUAUUGUUCGCUAGUAUGUUUGUAUAUGACAGUGAUAUAUUCUUCAUAUCAUGUUCGUCAUUGUCAUUUUAAUGUCCUUUAAUCAACAGCCAAAAAUAAUAUUCGCCGUUCUCUAGGGGACACACACACACACACACACACACACACACACACACACACACACACACACACACACACACACACACACACACACACACACACACACACACAUACACACACACGUGUACGUUGUUGUUGUUUAAGUUUGGUUUUUAGACGUUAACUUCCACACCAAAUGCACAAAAAAAAUUCUAAUGUUUUCAUAUACUCCUUGUUGGCUUAUUAACAAGCAAGAAGUGAAAGUUAACUGUUACGUUUUUUUGGACAAUGAGCGAUUGCUUAAAGCUAGGGUAGGCAAUUUAUUUAAGAAACAUUUUGUCAUAUUUGUGGAAAACCUUUGAACGUCCCGAAAGAAAUCAAACGCUCUUUAAAAAAAAAAGACAUAUCCUUUAUAUUUGGCUUUUGGAGGCCUGUAAUAAGCCUGUCCAAUUGCAUUUGGUCCUAUUUAAAUGAUUGCAUCCUGUCAGUCUACCGGCCUAUCCGGUGACCUAUGCUCACUCUGUUCAUGCACUCUUUGAAAAUGAGCAGAGUCUUCCAGAAGGCUAGGCAGACCCAUUGCUAAAGCUAGCGAGCUAGCCAUGUGAUUUUUCCCAAUUGCUCACCCUACGUUUUUAAUGGUGUUUCUUUUUAAAGUCUUCAGACACAACUCCCAAUCUAAAUUGCCUGAGCGUCUGGUAAGCAGGUCAGUGAUAGGCCUAAACACAGCGGUUGCAGAUGUCGGUAGACUUUAUUUUCUUGUUUCUAUGACACAAUGAACCCGGUAUCCAGUCAUAUCGAACUCUACAGCUUUACAGCUCCCUCCUGUUUUCUGUAUUUUAUUUUUUCCCCCUCCCUCACCAAGGUUCUUCUUAAACAAAAGAAAUGCCAUUAUAUUGUGAAUACCUCAGGAUUUUUUUGGAGAAAAAAAUAAAUAAAACACUUAAAAAUCAAAUAAACAAAAAAAAAAUUCAAAAGCCA